ACACUUCCGGAAGCUUCGAGCUGUUUGCCGCGAAACUGAUCGGAGAGAAAAACGCGUUGAAUGAAAGUUAAUAAUUAUCAUUUUGUUUGUUGUGUUUGUUGUCGUCGCUGAAGAAGAGACGCAGCUGCUGGAUGUUCGACUGAAACUUCAGACUUCAGUAUGGAGCUCUCCUCUUUCCUCCAUGACCUUCAUCUCUCCUCCUCCUCCUCAGAGAAGCCCCUCCCCCCUCCUGCUCUUCCUCCAAUCACAGAGCUCCUCUCGCGGCUGCAGGAGAAGCUGAUUUGUUCGUCGUCCAACUCUGAAACGAGCUCUCUGAUUGGUCGUGUGGAGCGGCUCUUUCAAACAGCAGAUACUGAUUGGUUGUUCUCAGCCAAUCACGAUGGAGAAUGGGCAUAUCUUCAUGUGGCGUACGGCUCUCUGGUGAGCGCUCUGAUUGGCUGUGCGGCUCUGCCGCUCUGUGAAGUAGACAGCGGCUCUCUGCCGGCAGCAGCCUAUCAGAGCGUCCCGAGCCGAGCCGCAGCAGUAAGCUCCGCCCUCAUUGCCCUGCUGGGAACUCUGGGAAACGUAGGCGGUCAGACUGGUGUGUUGCUGGCUGUGGCUCCACCCAUCUGUGUGUUCGCCGUCACUCAUUUUCAGGACCAGGCGUGGAGCAGCUGCUCGUCCAGAGCGGCGGCUCAGAGGCUGCAGGAGGCACUGCAGAGGGCGGGGGGCUGGAGAGACUCCGCCCACCUGUUGAU